GUCUGUUUCAGGAGUUCAGAGGGACCGAGCAGGGUUCAACCGGCCAUCUCCCUUAUCCAACAUUUGAUAGUCUGUCUGGACGUUUAUCUCCUGGACAUUACUCUCUUUUUCGAAUUCUGUCGUUCUUUUCUUGAUUUCUUUCAUACCACGCUCCUUAUUUACGUCCGCUGCUCAGCCGAACGGACCGCUGAGCAUUCACCUCUUCGCCGGCCAUAAACAGCGCCCAGGAGACAAUCCGAUUUCUCUCCUGCCUAGUCAGAUCGAGCUCCGACUGGACUCUCUCCUCUUUAUAUUCACACUAUCGCAAACGAGUCAUCAUCCUUUGACGUGAUACCUCCAAGAUGCGUGUCGCCGGCCUGAUUACUCUUCUGGCAGCAGCCAUGCCCGCAGUCGCUACACGGGGAACCUUUGGCCUUGCUCUCGGAAACGAAAACCCCGACGCAAGCUGCAAGUCCACCGAGGACUACAAGAAGGACUUCGAUGCGCUGAAGGAUCUGACAACUUUGGUCCGUACCUACUCGGCAAGCAACUGCAACACGGCAAAGAACAUCGUCCCAGCUGCCAAGGCGAAGAACUUCAAGGUCGUGCUCGGUGUCUGGCCCGACACUGAGGAAUCUUUUAACCAAGACUUUAAUGCUUUGAAGAAGUCAGUCAAAGGCAACGAGGACGUCAUCCACGCGAUCACCGUUGGCUCCGAAGCCCUCUACCGUGGGGACAUGAAAGCCCAGGAUCUCCUGAAGCGUAUCAACCAGGUCAAGGAGGAAUUUGAUGGCGUCCAAGUCGGCAUGGUGGACAGCUGGAACAAGUUCGCCGAUGGUACUGCGGACCCCAUCAUCCAGGGCGGCGUUACCUACUUCCUGGCCAACGGGUUUGCCUACUGGCAGGACCAGGAUAUCUCCAACGCCACCGCCACCUACUUCGAUGACAUGGCUCAGGCCAAGGCCCGUAUCGAGCAGGUUGCUGGUGACAAUGCUAAGAAGAUCCGAUUUGGUAAUGGCGAGUCUGGCUGGCCUACCGAUGGCGGAUCCGACUACGGUAAGGCUAAGGCCAGCACCGACAACGCUAAGAAGUACUACAAGAACGCUGUCUGCCCUAUGCUCAAGUGGGGCAUUGAUGUUUUCUACUUCGAGGCCUUUGACGAAACCUGGAAACCCGACAGCACUGGCGACAAUGGCGAGCCUAUGGACGAGACUCACUGGGGUCUCUUUACCGACAAGCGCACGGCCAAGUUUGACACUGCGUGCCCCAACUAGAGUUGUAUUUCAAGUCGAGAAGAGUCGGUGUAGACGUUCAAUCCCUUAAAUUUUUAUGGUUUGAUUCAGUGUAACAUAUUAUAUCGCGAUAAAUACGGAGAUUUGGGUUACUUUUUCUUCAUAAACAUGAAGAAAUGGUUACAUCAUUCAUGGUAUUACCUUGUAGUUUCUAAUUAGUGGAAGUGUGCGUUGUGGCCUCCGACAGGUACGUAUUAUUCAACGUACGGUAACGGCUCGGCGGGAACCGUGGUUCGCAGCGCAUUUUACCCCUGAGCGAGCGGGAGACACGAACCAAGCACCACGGCGCGUCAUUGGGGAAGGUUGUUUAUGGGGUUCGACCUCCAGCAUCAUUUGCGCGACUCAGGGGCUCCCAGGGAUAGUAUUAAUUUCAACGCGAA